AUGAACAAUCUACAAAAUAAACAAACGGAAAUUCCUGCGACAUUUCCUUCCUUGUAUCGUCUGUCACAAAGGGAAACUCCUUUGUCGCCAGAGGCCCUGGCGGAUCUCCAGCAGGUAUUUCGAAGAGCAGACAAGGGCCAUAAAGGAUGGCUAUCCAAAGAUGACUUUAAGGUUGCUAUGGUCGGUUUGUUGGGAUAUAAACCGUCAAAGUUCGAGUUAGAACGCGCUAGGAGCAAUGUCAACUUUGAAAAGCACGAAAUGACAUUGGAAAGAUUUAUCAGCCUGCGGCGGAACUCCUCAUCAACCGAUCUAGAUGAAACCAUUCGUCAAUGCUUUCUUACAGCCGACAUUAGCUGUCAUGGAUAUAUCUCCCGAUCGGACCUGCAUUCCAUCUUCUCUCAAGUCGCUCCUUCGAUCCCCACUCACGUCAUCGAUGAUGCCUUUGCUGUAGUAGAUAUGGAUGGCGAUGGAAAAGUGGGGUACCGGGACUUUGAAAAGUUGAUGAAAUAUGAGUGCUAGGUUUUUGUUUUUAAAUAAUUGAGCUACAGCAAGGCAAAAAAAAAUUGACAAAGACCGAGAUCCUAGCAGAUAGUCAAGCUGGGUGGAGAUGUCAGCGCUAACCAUUCUACUCUAUUCUCUCUGCUGCUUCCCUAGUCGCCUCUUUUCUAGUUUUACCACACGCUUCACAGAAGAGCUAGACUUUGCUACUUCAGCUUCCUCUUUCU